AUGGACGAAUUACAGAAAUUAAUUAGAGAGAUGCAAUCAGACUUAAACAAUAAAUUCGCAUCUAUAGAAACACAGGUAUCACAAAUUCCGGAAUUAGAAGAAAAAAUUAGUUCAAGUAUUAAAACACACAUGGACGAAAAAUUCGAAAACUUGAACGGAGACUUAGGAAAUAUACAUUCCCAGAUAAAAGAGCAAGAAAAGCGGUUAGAUUUAUUAGAACGGAACGCUAUACAAAGAAAUUUAGUAUUCUUCGGAGUCGAAGAAUCCGAGAAGUCAUAUUUUCACCUUCAAAAUAAUAUAAUAGACAUUGUAAACAAUAAGAUGAAAGUCUCUAUAUUGGAAUUAGAAGUACAGGCAGUUAGAAGAAUGGGCAAAAAAGGAGAUCGACCACGGCCUAUUUCUGUCACGUUUAGCACGUUAGGGAAAAAAAUUAAGAUUCUGCAAACCAAAAAAGAACUAAAGGGAAGUAAUAUAUAUAUAAAAGAGGAAUUCCCAGCAAAAAUAUUAAAGGUGGAAGAGUUAGAAAAAAAGCGACAAGAGGAAAUUAACAAAGGUAACACGGCAUUUAUAAAAUAUGACAAGCUUGUCGUCAAAGAGAAAAAAGCUGGACUUAACACAAAUAAAAGGCAGCUCUCGGUCUCCCCACCACAAUCAAUUCAAUCUUCCUCUGCUAUUGCUGCUUCACUAACAUCAACACAAGCAAAUAAGGAACCAUUAAUUAUACAUUCAAAUAAAAAAUACAAGGCGAGAAACUCUAUGCUGUCGUAUGUAAUAAGAGACGAAGAAGCAUGA